AUGGAGAAUUCAUUCACCACAAUCCCACCCGCUGAAGAAGGCCUCUUCUCCCCAGGUGGCCCAACCCAAACCUUCAACCCACCCCAAUCCCCCUCAACAACCAAUUACCGCCUCAACCACCUAGCAAUCCGCAUCAAAGACCCAUCUCGCUCCCUGCACUUCUAUGUCGACCUCUUAGGCAUGCGAAUCAUCUUCACCAUGAACGCAGGCCCGUUCACAAUCUACUACCUAGGCCAUCCACCCCCCCAAACAGAUCUAGAUGAAUGGGCGAAAUGCACGAGCCAGAUCCCCGUUAUGACGCGGACGAGUGGGCUUCUAGAGCUUUAUCAUGUUCAUGGUUCUGACGAAGUGACGACCGGGAAUGUGCCGCCGAAUUUGGGAUUUGCGCAUUUGGGAUUUACGGUGCCGGAUGUGCGAGUUGCGGUGGAGAGGUUGAGAGAGAAUGGGGUCCGGAUUUUGAAGGACCUUGGGGUUUGCACGAGGGAGUCGGUGCCGUUGUCGGAGUGGGAGGAGGAGAGGGGGAUUGGGAGGGGAGAGAUUCAUGAGAAUUAUGCGUGGUUUUUUGAGCAUUUUGCGAUGGUGGCUGAUCCGGAUGGAUAUUCAGUGGAGUUGAUUCCACAGGAUAUGUAA